AGCAGUUCACCGAAGUAGGAGGGCGUUUAGGUUUGCCGUCGGUCUGGGGAAAAUCUGUUUAGUAUGUGAUUUUUGUCCCUGGAUUUUCUUUCUUCUUCUUUUUUGUCGUCACAGUAGUGGUAUUGUUUCGCCCAGGGUGAUACGUGGACUUGCUGCCGUCUGGACCCCUGGGAUUAUCUCCAGAGGGCAGAGGCAUACGGCAGAAGUGCCGAGGUGGUUAUAUUUAAGGGGAACCAGGUCCUGAGUCCCCAGGAGCAAAAGAAUCAGUCGAAGGAGGACGAACAGGAUUUGGUAGCAGCAUUUUCUUGGGAUAUGCUUGCUUGAAGACAAAUUUCAGAACAGAAAUUGGGAACAUAUCCAGGAGACACAUCAACAGAGCCUCCCGGUAGCCAGGCGUUUUCAGAGAACAGAAGAAAAUGAUCGAGGCCCAGGAAACCCUCACAUUUGACGACGUGGCCGUGGCCUUCACGUGGGAAGAGUGGCAGCUCCUGGCCCCUGCUCAGAAGGCCCUGUACCGGGACGUGAUGCUGGAGAACCACAGCAACCUGGUGUCUGCGGGUUUUCAAGCAAGCACACCAGAGGUACUCUCCAAAUUGGAUCAAGGAGAACCAUGGACGAUGGAUGAUGAAGUCCACUGUCGAACCUGUUCAGAAGUCUGGAAAUUUGAUGACCACCUGCUGGAGUACUUACAAGAUGAGAGCAUGGAGAAGAGACUAGAACAAUGGCAUGAACAGAACCCACUAGAAAAUGCUGUUCAUCAGAGCGUAACUCAUUUUCUGCGCAGGCAGCAUCAUGAUGUGUUUGACUUGCAUGGAAAAUGUAUGAAAUCAAAUUUAACUUUACUUUCUCAAAACCUCAGCUAUGAAAUAAAGAGCUCCAAUGAGCUUACUGGAGAUGAGAAAUCCUGUCGCCAUGCUGACAGUGAACAGUUUCAUCCUGAAGUUAAAUUCCCCCAAAGCCAAAAACCCAUCAGCUCCAAAUCCCCAUUCAACGAGCAUCAGAAAACUAAAAAAACAGAGAAGCCUCAUGUAUGUGGUGAAUGUGGGAAAGCUUUCAUCAAAAAGUCUUGGCUCACUGAUCAUCAGAUAAUUCACACAGGAGAGAAGCCCCAUCGAUGUAAUCUUUGUGACAAAGCAUUCUCUAGAAAAUUCAUGCUCACUGAACACCAGAGAACACACACAGGAGAGAAACCUUACCAGUGUGCUGAUUGUGGCAAAGCCUUCCUCAAGAAAUCACGGCUCAACAUACAUCAGAAAACCCACACCGGAGAGAAACGGUAUAUCUGCAGUGACUGUGGAAAGGGCUUCAUCCAAAAGGGAAAUCUCAUUGUACAUCAGCGAAUUCACACAGGUGAGAAACCUUACACAUGCAAUGAAUGUGGAAAAGGCUUCAUCCAGAAGACCUGCCUCAUCGCCCAUCAGAGAUUUCACACGGGAAAGACUCCUUUUGUAUGUAGUGAAUGUGGAAAAUCCUGUUCCCAGAAGUCAGGUCUCAUUAAACAUCAAAGAAUUCACACAGGAGAGAAACCCUUUGAAUGCAGUGACUGUGGGAAAGCCUUCACUACAAAGCAAAAGCUCAUUGUCCAUCAAAGGACUCACACAGGAGAGAGACCUUAUACCUGCAAUGAGUGUGGGAAAGCUUUUGCCUACAUGUCUUGCCUUGGUAAACACAGGAAAAUACACACAAGAGAGAAACAUGGAGAUGCAAUGAAGGGGGAGAAACCUGCCUCAGAGACAAGUGAUGCCAUGCAGCAGAAGAACCUCGUUAACUUGGUGGCUGUGCAGGUGCCUUCCAUGGCCCUUCGGCCGUCAGUCAACAUCAGUGAACUCCUAGCAAAUAGGAACAUCAUCAUAACGGGACCACCUGUGGGCAGGUGUGCACCCGCAGGAGAUGAUAGAGGGUCUGCAGAGGACAGAACCCUUAAGAACGCAGUGAGCAUGGUUGUGCCUUCGGUGGUCAAUUAUGUUUUAUUUUGUGUCACAGAAAACCCCACAAGUUUCAGAACAGAAAUUGAGAGCAGAUCCAUGAGACACAUCAACAGAGCCUCCCGGUUGCCAGGUGUUUUCAGAGAACAGAAGAAAAUGAUUCAGGCCCAGGAAACCCUCACAUUUGACGACGUGGCCGUGGCCUUCACGUGGGAAGAGUGGCAGCUCCUGGCCCCUGAUCAGAAAGCCCUGUACCGGGACGUGAUGCUGGAGAACCACAGCAACCUGGUGUCCGUGGGUUUUCAAGCAAGCACACCAGAGGUGCUCUCCAAAUUGGAUCAAGGAGAACCAUGGACGAUGGAUGAUGAAGUCCACUGUCGGACCCAUUCAGAAGUCUGGAAAGUUGAUGGCCACCAGCUGGAACACUUACAAAACAAGAGAGUGGAGAAGAGACUAGAACAAUGGCUUGAACAGAACCCACUGGACAGUUCUGGCCAUCAGAGCAGAGCUCUGUUCAGGCACAAUCAUGAUGUGUUUGACUUACAUGGAAGAAGCGAGACAUCAAAUUCAAGUUUAUUCUCUGAGAGCCCGAACUGUGAAAUAAAGAGCCCUGCUGAGCUUCCUGCAGGUGGGAAAUCCUGCCGCCAUGCUGACAAGAAACCAUUUCACCCUGAACUCGUCAGCGCUAAGUCCCAACUCAUGGAGCAUCAGCACACUAAACAAAGGAAGAAGCCUCAUGUGUGCAGUGAAUGUGGGAAAGCAUUUGUCAAGAAGUCUUGGCUUGCUGAUCACCAGAAUCUUCACACAGGAGAGAAGCCCCAUCAAUGUGACCUCUGUGGGAAAGCCUUCUUCAGAAAGUUCCAGCUCACUGAGCACCAGAGGAUGCACAUGGGGGACAAACCUUACGAGUGCGCCGAAUGUGGCAAAGCCUUCCUCAAAAAAUCAGGUCUCAAUGUGCACCAGAAAACCCACACAGGAGAGAAACCAUUUAUUUGCAGCGAGUGUGGCAAGGGCUUCAUCCAGAAAGGAAACCUCAUGGUCCAUCUGCGGAUCCAUACCGGCGAGAAACCUUACACGUGCACCGAGUGUGGGAAAGGCUUCAGCCAGAAGACGUGUCUCACGGCACACCAGCGGAUUCACACUGGCACGAGUCCCUUUGUGUGUGGUGAGUGUGGGAAGACACUUUCCCAGAAAAUGGGUCUCAUUAAGCACCAGAGGACUCACACGGGAGAGAAGCCCUUUGAAUGCAGCCACUGCGGGAAGGGCUUUAUCGAGAAGCCACAGCUCGUGAUACACCAGAGGAUCCACACGGGGGAGAAACCCUACAGAUGCAGCAAGUGUGGGAAAUCAUUCAGAGGGAAGUCGGUCCUCAAUAAACACCUGAAAACUCACUUAGUCAAGGAAAUCCCUCCCUCAGCGAAGUCCCCCCAGAGCAGUGUUGUCCUCCAGGAGAAAAACCUGAACACAGUAACAAUGCACCUGCCUCCUCUGGCCCCUCAGUCACCAGUUGGCAUCAGUGGGCUCCUGGCUAACAGGGGCAUGGUCUUAAUGGGACAGCCUGUGAUGCGAUGGCCACCCACUGGAGACAGCAGAGGGCUGGCCCAGGAGAGGAUCCUUAUGAACUCAGGAAAUGUGGUCAUGCCUUCAGUGGUCAAUUACGUUUUAUUUUAUGUCACUGGAAACUAGUAGGAAAAAACAAAACACAGUGAGGAAAACGGCUACCUCAGACGGUGGCUAAGAAGUAUACACUGUAAGAAAUCGUAUGAAUGUGGAGAGUGGAAGGGCAUAAUAUCCUCAUCCAGUUAGAUAUAUGCAUUGGUACAGAGGAAUAAUCUGAUGUUAACCCAACCGAUACACUUCAGUUGUUCUACUGUGUCGAAUAAAUGAAGGAAGGUAAGGUAA